CUCAUAAAGCGGCCAACAACGUCGAGCGCACGACGUGUCAUUCUACCACUGCAACAAGGUUUUCUUCACCAACGCGUCUCACCCGAUAUUUCUAAAGGUUAUAUAUUUACUUCAAAUAUAUAGAAUUUUAUUUGAAAAAGUGCACAUCCAUUACAUUCGCAAAGUACCUGAAUUAGACCCCAAUAUUCCGUUAUGCAUCUCCUGCCGUUUGCUUGGCUAGUUUUGGGUUGUGUGUUUUGUUUUUGCCAAGCCGCCCCAACAAACGAUGACGACUUUGUAACUUAUUCGGAAUUCCAAGUCUGGAAAAUUACGACCCGUUCGAACGAAGAAAACAAACUCGUUUUGCAGAUGAUUCGGCAUUACGGAUUCGAGGCGUGGAAAGAUAGUGAUGCUAUUAGUGCCCCAAUUGGCGUUUUGAUACCACCACCUUUUCUAGAGGAAAUGAAAUUGAAAUUGGCAGCAACCAACAUCUCUUACGAAGUCGAAAUCAGCGAUUUGCAGACCGCCAUCAACGACGAAAACGCGAGUAUCAAUGUCAGCGCUAUUACUACCAAAAUGGCUCACAAAAUGGACUGGACCAGCUAUCACAGACUAGACGACAUUUACGGCUAUCUCAAGUACCUGGCUGACACAUACCCGAAACUUGUUCGAUUAAUUGACAUCGGUACUUCAUACGAAGAUCGACCACUCUACGUUGUUCGAAUUUCCAACUCCUCUUCGCCCGACACGCAGCCGGCCGUCUGGAUAGAUGCAGGAAUUCACGCUCGUGAGUGGAUAUCACCCGCGGUGGCAACUUACAUUCUCCAUCAGCUUGUCGAAGAACCGACAAACGCUGGACUGUUGCUCAACGUCGAUUGGUAUAUUAUGCCCAUUAUGAAUCCCGACGGUUACGAGUACACACAUAUGAAGAAUCGGCUUUGGAGGAAAACUCGGUCUAAAACGUCAUCAAAAAAAUGUCGUGGUGUGGACGCAAAUAGGAACUUUGGUUAUCAGUGGGGUGGUGCUGGAUCAAGCAGAGAUCCCUGCGCAAUCAAGUUCAGAGGAGCAAACGCUUUCUCAGAGCCGGAGACUUUGGCCACAUCAAAUUUCAUCACAGAGAAAUCGAAGCAAAUCAAACUCUAUCUGACGCUGCACAGCUUUGGUCAAGUUUUCCUGCUCCCAUGGGGUCAUUCCGUCACUUACCCAUCCGAUUACGACGAGAUGAAAUCACUGGCUAAAAAUGCUGCGUCUAAAUUCAAACGCUAUAAAUACAGAGUCGGAAACUUAGCCGCCGUUCUCUACCGAGCUUCAGGAAACUCGGCUGAUUGGGCGAAAUCAAUCGGCAUCGAUUAUAGUUACACGGUGGAGCUGCCCGCUAAAGAUUUCCUUCUACCAGCAUCGAGAAUCUUGCCAGUGAGUCAAGACUUCUUUCCCGCCUUGGAAGUUUUUGCUGCUAAAGUGGCCACUCUUAAGGUUACGUAUAGUUUUCCAGCUUGAUGCAGCAUAAAGUAUAUAUCUUUUUUUAAAAAUUCUGGAAUUUUAGUAUUCCUACGCAUGGUGAUGAUGCAAUAAAAUUAAGUUGAUACAAUUUUUACGGUCCAAG